GUCGCUAGCCCAGGACUGUCUAUCAUCUGUCGUGCUUACAACUGCGUUGUGUUUCGUCCGGCACCCUUAUCGGACCUCCUCGGGAGAGCGGCCAGAGAUUACAGUCGGCAGAAUUUCUCCCGGGCGUCCCCUAUCUUUUUACAAACACCGCUGCUGAUCUAGGCUGUUUUGAAGCGGUUGUCCACUCCCCCUCCGUGUACUACACGACUGAUCGCAGUUUAGGAGCCGGUUGUGAGCGACGGGGAAAAACCUGCUCCGCUACUAAAGCUUCCUGAUCAACCGAACACACCCAGUCGUCGAAAGGAAACCAACUGGGACGGCGAUCAUGGCGAAAAUUCAGUGUGGACCUGUGGUCGACAUCCUGGGUGACGAGAUGACGAGAGUCAUCUGGGACCUGAUCAAGGAGAAGCUCAUUCUUCCUUUCUUGGAUGUUGAGCUGCACGUCUACGACCUUGGCAUUGAAAACAGGGAUCGUACGGACGACCAGGUCACCGUCGACUGCGCUCACGCCAUCCAAAGGUACAAGGUUGGCAUCAAGUGUGCGACCAUCACGCCUGAUGAGAAGCGCGUCACCGAGUUCAAGCUCAAGCAGAUGUGGCGCUCGCCCAACGGGACCAUCCGUAACAUCCUGGGCGGCACCGUCUUCCGCGAGGCCAUCAUCUGCAAAAACGUGCCGCGCCUCGUCACGGGCUGGACGAAGCCCAUUGUGAUCGGCCGUCAUGCCUACGGGGACCAGUACAGGGCCACAGACUUCGUCGUUCCGGGUCCCGGCACGCUCGAGAUCAAGUUCACGCCCAGCGCCGCGGGUGAGCCGCCGCUGGAGUUCAAGGUACACGAGUUCAAGAACACGGGAGGUGUGGCCAUGGCCAUGUUCAAUACGGACGAGUCUAUUACAGACUUUGCACACAGCUCCUUCAAGUUCGCACUGCAGCGAGAGCUCCCACUCUACCUCAGUACCAAGAACACAAUCCUCAAGAAGUAUGAUGGCCGGUUCAAGGACAUCUUUCAGGAGAUUUACGAGAAGCAGUACAAGGCCGACUUUGAGAAGCGCGGUGUGUGGUAUGAGCACAGGCUCAUCGACGACAUGGUCGCUCAGGCCAUGAAGUCUGAGGGAGGCUUCGUUUGGGCCUGCAAGAACUACGAUGGCGAUGUGCAGUCCGAUGCCGUGGCACAAGGUUAUGGGUCCCUAGGCAUGAUGACGAGCGUCCUGGUGUGCCCCGAUGGCGAGACCCUGGAGGCCGAAGCAGCCCACGGCACCGUGACUCGGCACUACAGGAUGUACCAGAAGGGCCAGGAGACCUCCACCAACCCCAUUGCAUCCAUCUUUGCCUGGACCCGGGGGCUUGCCCACCGGGCCAAGCUGGACGGCAACAACGAGCUGGCCAAGUUCUGCAGCUCGCUAGAGGCUGUCUGCAUCGAAACCAUCGAGGCCGGCUUCAUGACAAAGGAUCUGGCCAUUUGCAUCAAGGGCAUGUCCGGCGUCAAGCGCAGCGACUACCUCAACACAUUCGAGUUUCUUGACAAGCUUGCCGACAACCUGAAGAAGAAGCUUGGCAAGUGACUAGGCCGCCUGUGAAGCUGUGGGGGUGUUGGUUCUGCCAUCAGACCAUCUGCCGCAACCACACUCGAGAGCGAAUGGACUACACGAGCAGUGGACCACGACAGACAGUGCCAAAAGCGCGGUGAUCAGAAAAGACUGCCGCGUGACAUGACAGAGCCCGUAAACCAUACCUUUUGAAAUCGGCAGUGCUCACGAGUUAGCUUGCUCGAAUCUCAGUUGGUGGCUGGGAAAUUUUUCUUCCGGUGUUGUGAACGAAGGCAGCACACAUUUGUAAAAAUGUAUUUGAACUUGUGUCUGGUUUACAAUCAGAGGCAGAGAGCCAGCAUGCCAUAAUGAUAGAUAUGACUGAUCUGCACCACUGCCCUCCCACUUUUUUUCUACUCUAAAUGUGAACUGUAAAAACGGUCAUCUGCCUCCAAAGAAAACUCCACCAGUGAUUUUAGGAAAUCGGUCCCUGUGAUUAUGUAGCAGCAAGAAACUGUGAAAGUGACUGUCAGGUACAUUUAUAAAAGAUAGAAUAGACUAAUAUAUAAAUUAACAUUCUGGGUUUGGAUGCGACAAUGAAGUGGUGCCAUUGAACGUCUAUUCUAUGCGCUCCUGACGUGGUUUCGCAAGACAUUGCAUUUCCCGUUUCUUUCCGAGAACAACUUCCGGUGGCCGUCAUUCAACGGAACACCCUCUCCUUUUCUUCUGUGGUGCAUAAGACUCUAAACUUCCGUAUUACUAUGCAAGAGAAAUAUAUUUUUACAUUAA